AAACAAAUUUCUGCAGCAUGUAUUCUUCACAAAAAGUAUUCUAAUAGCCUAAACUAAAAUGGCUUCAUUAGAAAUAUAUUACACGUUCAUUGUUUGCCUUUUUUGCUUCAGCCAGACCACACUAGCUGUCGACAAUCGAAAAUUUCCAGCCGGAUUUAAAUUUGGUGUGGCUACAGCUUCCUAUCAGAUCGAAGGAGGAUGGGAUGAAGAUGGUAAAGGUGAAAAUAUCUGGGACCAUCUAACCCACGUGUCGCCAGAUUUAAUAAACCACCAAUCCAAUGGGGACAUCUCUUGUGAUUCGUAUCACAAAUAUAAAACCGAUGUAGCCCUAUUGAAAGAACUUGGAGUAGACUUCUACAGAUUUUCACUCUCGUGGUCUAGAAUUCUACCGACGGGUUACAUCGAUGGUGGAAUCAAUGAACCUGGGGUUGCCUACUACGAAAAUAUUUUAGACCUCUUAGAAGAAAACGGGAUCGAACCCAUGAUCACGUUGUACCACUGGGACUUGCCUCAGCCGCUCCACGAAAAUGUAGGAGGGUGGCUUAAUGAAACCAUCGUAGAUAUUUUUGCAAAUUAUGCACGCCUGGCUUUUGAUUUAUUUGGGGAUAGAGUAAAGUAUUGGGUUACGUUUAAUGAACCUUUAUCAAUUUGUCAGCAAGGAUAUGAAACCGGGGGAAAGGCUCCAGCAAUAAGUGAUAACCCUGGUGUCGACUUAUACAUAUGUGGUCAUAUGGUUCUGAAGUCGCAUGCUGCGGCUUACCACAUUUACGACAAGGAAUAUAAACCAAAACAGAAAGGAAAAAUAUCUAUCGUCAUCAAUACUAACUGGGAAGAGCCUGGAAGUGAUGAUGCAAAAGACGUAGAAGCUGCCGAACGGACUCUGCAGUUUCGUUUUGGAUGGUUUGCAAAUCCCAUCGUGCAUGGAAAUUAUCCUCAAGUUAUGAUUGAUCGCAUUGGAAAUAGAAGUGUACAAGAAGGAUUUACACAAUCACGUCUACCACAAUUUACAGAUGAAGAAGUAGAAUCCAUUAAAGGAACUUACGAUUACAUUGGCCUGAACCACUAUAGCACUUCUCUAAUCAAAUGGAGGGAAGAUAUUGAAAUUGGGGAACCGAGUUCCUCGAAAGAUAUGUCUGUUCAAGAGUCUAUCGACUUCAGUUGGGAAACUUCAGCUUCAUAUUGGUUAUUCGUUGUUCCUUGGGGAAUGAGAAAAAUUUCGAAAUGGGUCAAAGACACCUACAAUAAUCCAGAAAUUAUAAUUACUGAAAAUGGGUAUUCUGAUGCUGGUGGGAUAUUGAAUGAUGAUCGUAGAAUUAACUACAUUCGAGAAUAUUUAAGUAGUUUGUUAGAAGCUAUUUAUGAUGAUGAAGUAAACGUCACUGGUUAUACCGCAUGGAGUCUCAUGGAUAAUUUUGAAUGGUUCCGUGGUUACGCAGAGAAAUUUGGUCUAUAUUCGGUUAACUUCACUGAUCCAGAGCGACCUAGAACACCUAAAACAUCCGUAGACUAUUAUAAAUCCAUCCUAACAACCAGGUGCCUAGUAGAAGAAUGCACAGAGUAAAAACUGAAAUACUUACAAGGACAGCCAUUGCAUAAAGUUAUACAGGAAAAUAAGCGCUUGCAGAAACUAAUAAAUUUUAUUGCCAAAUGUAUUAAAUAAUAAAUAUUAAACUUAAACGAGAAUAAUGCGUAAAUUAAAAA